CAAAGCAGGUAGCUGCGCAUACUGGUCGAUCGAUCGAACAGUAAACUUGAAAGAAUAAACAGUAAAAUUUUCAGCUGCUGGUUCGUCUAUAAAAUGGCCAUCAGCUGAGAGAGUGUUCAGCAAAAUUAUUGAUCAUUCCUCGCACACUUGCUCUUUCUUCCAGGCCAGGGGAGAGACGAUACAAGAGAGUUAUUAGUUGUUCGAUAGCAUAGGCCAUAUAUAGGGUCGUCGAUCGAUCGAUAACGAGUAGAAGAGAUGGGUUCUCUGAUGUCUGGCUGGAGCUCGUCAGUACUGAGUGACAAGGAAGUUCGUCUGAUGAGGAACCGGUCGCUGACCAACGACGAGGUGGAGGCGUUCUGGAGGAAGCACGGCGGGAGGCCGGCGGAGAACGGCGAGGCGUCGCCCGGCGGCUCCCCGCUCGCCGGCUCCCCCGGCGCGCAGGAGACGACGAUCCCGCUCGCCGCCAGGCAACUGAAGGCGAUGAGGUCCAUGCCUCCGCUGCGCGGCGGGAUGAGGAGCGACGACCUGCCCUCGCCGUGCGCCGCCGGCCAGCACGCCCGGUGCUUGUAUCCCGCUAGCGAGCCGUCGUCACCGGCGACGACCGCCCGCGGCAAGGGCUGCUUCUUCCACGGGAACGCCGCCGCCGCCGCCGCCGCCGACGACGACGACGAUACCUCCAGCACGAGCCGCGGCUGGUGGACUCGUAGCAGCUGGGCGUUCCUGAACGAUCCGCCGAAAGAGGAGGUGGUGCUGGGCAGGGCGCAGAUGAUGAGCUUCGCGUGCGACCAGUUCCACGCCGCCCGGAUCGUCACCGGCAACGCCUAAGCUGUAGCGCGCGCACGUCCGGCCCUGCACAUACACGUGUGAAAGUGUUGUGUAAUUAACUUGUAUUCGUUGUCCUUUAGGCUUGAGACGAGUUGUUACCACCUUUUUCUCUAGCUAGCUAGUACGUGUCGAAGUGUAAACACGUACAGUGCAUGUCAUGGCAUGGUGAGCGGCUGCCGGCCGUUGGAUCGUACAUGUAAUGUAACAAAAGAGGAACGUUUUGAUGUUGGAAUGAAGAAGCUAUUAUAUUUCA